ACGGCGCGGUCAGAGCCGAGGUUGCGGCUCCAGCGGAUCUGGAUCAAGGGCCGGAGGCCGAGACCCGCAGGGAUGCUUCCUAUCACAGAGUACAUAUUUCACCUCCUGGGACUGGAGAAGACGGCAUUCCGUGUGUAUGCCCUGUCGGGGCUCCUUCUCUCCCUGCUCUUCUUCCUCUUCCGUUUGCUGCUGCAGUUCCUGAGAUUCUGCUGGUGCUUCUACAUCACCUGCCGCCGGCUGCGCUGCUUCCCCCAGCCACCCCGGCGCAACUGGCUGCUGGGCCACCUGGGCAUGUAUCUCCCAAAUGAGAUGGGCCUCCGAGAUGAGAAGAAGGUGCUGGACAACAUGCACCAUGUGAUCCUGGUGUGGAUUGGACCUGUCCUUCCACUGUUGGUUCUGGUGCACCCUGACUAUAUCAAGCCUGUGGUGGGUGCGUCAGCUGCUAUUGCCCCCAAGGAUGACCUUUUCUAUGGCUUCCUGAAACCUUGGCUGGGAGAUGGGUUGCUGCUCAGCAAAGGUGACAAGUGGAGCCGGCACCGCCGUAUGCUGACACCUGCCUUCCACUUUGACAUUCUAAAGCCCUACAUGAAGAUAUUCAACCAGUGCACCAAUAUUAUGCAUGCAAAAUGGCGGCGCCUGGCGGAGGGCUCAGUGGUCUCCCUUGACAUGUUUGAGCAUGUCAGCCUCAUGACCCUGGACAGUCUUCAGAAAUGUGUCUUCAGCUACAACAGCAACUGCCAGGAGAAGAUGAGUGACUAUAUCUCAGCCAUCAUUCAGCUGAGUGCACUGGUGGUCCAACGCCAAUAUCGCCUGCAUCUCCACAUUGACUUCAUCUACUACUGUACAGCAGAAGGCCGGCGUUUCCGAAAGGCCUGUGACACCGUGCACCGUUUUACUACAGAAGUCAUCCAGGAGCGGCGGCGGGCACUACGCCAACAGGGGGCUGAGGCCUGGCUUAAGGCCAAGCAGGGCAAGAACUUGGACUUCAUUGAUGUGCUGCUCCUGGCCAGGGAUGAAGAUGGGAAGGAACUGUCAGAUGAGGACAUCCGAGCUGAGGCUGACACCUUCAUGUUUGAGGGUCAUGAUACAACAUCCAGUGGGCUCUCGUGGGUGCUGUUCAACUUGGCCAAGUAUCCAGAGUACCAGGAGAAGUGCCGGGAAGAGAUCCAGGAAGUCAUGAAAGGCCGGGAGCUGGAGGAGCUGGAGUGGGACGACCUGACCCAGCUGCCUUUCACCACUAUGUGCAUCAAGGAGAGCCUCCGCCAGUUCCCACCUGUGACCCUGGUCACCCGCCGCUGCACAGAGGACAUCAAGCUCCCCGAUGGGCGCAUCAUUCCCAAAGGGAUCAUCUGUCUGGUCAGCAUUUACGGGAUCCAUUAUAACCCUAGAGUGUGGCCUGACUCUAAGGUGUACAACCCCUAUCGCUUUGAUCCAGACAACCCACAGGAGCGCUCCGCGCUGGCUUACCUGCCCUUCUCUGCAGGACCCAGGAAUUGCAUCGGUCAGAACUUCGCCAUGGCUGAGAUGCGUGUGGCUGUGGCGCUGACGCUGCUGCGUUUCCGCCUGAGCGUGGACCGAACGCACAAGGUGCGGCGGAAGCCUGAGCUCAUUCUGCGCACGGAAAAUGGCAUUUGGCUCAAGGUGGAGCCUCUGCCUCCGCGGGCUUGAUCUCCGGAGUGCCCCUGCGGAUCCCGGGGCCCAAGACCAAUCCAGAGAGGCCCAGGUUCCGCCCCCGAGAGCCCAGGCCUCCCCCUCAAGAUCCUGAGGGCUUAGACCACGCUCCCCGCACACCACGCUCCGCUCCUGGAGGAGCGGGCUCCUCCAUUAAGCAGCCUGAUGGUGCAGGUCACACCUCCUCAAGGCAAGGCUCCUCCUCCUGAGGGUCUGAUUCCUGUCCUUUGAGGUCCAGGUUCUGCCCUUUGAGUGCCAGUUUCUGCCCUCUGGUUUGAGGGACCAAGAUUGGCCACGCCCCUCGGACUUGGGCCGGGUCUCAACAUCCUUCGGAUUCAGAUCUUCAGGCCCCCACCACUGUGCCUUCCAACGACCUAAGAUAUGACACCCAAGGCCUCUCUGAUAAAAGCUCAAUCUCUCUUGGAUUCUGGCGGGGUUUUAAAUUGAGGAUCAGGGAACCAGAGCCUGAGAUCAGAGCCUUGAACCUGAACAUCACCUUCUUGAGGCCCCCAGCUCAUAUCGAUGAACUCCUCAGGAAUCAGGCUGCAGCCCACAACGUGGGCUGAUUUGCAAACCCAGACCCUCCCUCUCAAGCCCCUUCCUUCCUCUCUUGCUCAAAGGCCCAUUGCCGAAUGUCUUGAUUUUUGUAGAAUAGAUGCCAGGGAUCUGGACAUUCCCCACCAUCCAUCCCCCUAGCCAGGCCAGAUCCUCACACCUGGAACCCUGGACAGUUGAGAAGCUGUGGGCUAGGAGGCUGGGAGGCCCUUUGUCCUUGGACAUAAACUCAGACUUUUGGGGACAGAUUGUGCAGUCAUUUAUUUAAUCAACAUACCCACAAUAAGUGUCUGCUGGCACUGGGCCAGAAGCACAGCACAGCCUAAUUUCUGCCCUUAGAAGGAUUGUGUGUGUGUGUGUGUGUGGGGGGGGUACAUAUGUUGGACAAAUAAUUCUACAGGUAAAUUUAUUUAAAACCUGUGACAAGUGUUCUGAAAGAGAGGCUCUGGUGCUGGGCACACAUAACAGGAGGAUGGAGGGUGGUGCAGGGAGAGCUACUCUGACACUGAAUUUGGAGUAGAAGUUGAGUGGGGACAAGGGAGAGAAGUGCAUUCCAGGCAGCAGGAACGGCACCUGCAAAUGUCCUGAGGUGAGAGAGAGCAUGGUGUGCUUGUGGAAUUCAUAAAGGGCCAGCCCUGGCUGGAUCUGGGGAGUGGGGGCAGAAUGGAGGAAGGGUGGGCAGGGCCCAACAGAGCAGGAACUGUGGGCCACAUCACAAUUCAGGCUUUAUGUGGAGGGCAAUAGGGAGCUAUAGAGUGUGUGAAAGCAGGGGGCAGGAGAGGUUAUGGUAGAUCUGGGCUGCAGGGAGUUGGCUUGAAAAGGGUCUACUGGGGACUGGAAACUCAGGGAAGAGAGAGGCUGAGGUCCAGGUGGGACAGGAGAGGUGACUGUCUAGGUGUGAAAGCUGAGAGGAGAGAGAGGUAAGGGUGAAUGCCAAGUCUUUGGCUGAGGGAGUGAUACAGUGAUGUAGAAGUUGGGGCAAUGUCCAUGACUAUAAUAAUCAAACUAAUUUAUGAAAUAUUUAUUGAACCAGGCAGUGUUUGAAUUUUUGCAUAAUUGACAUUCGGGGGGGGGGCAGAUGACAGAUGAUAAAUAAGCAAAUAAAUAAAUUCACACAGACUUGCAGGCCACCAAAAGGAUUUUGACUUUUAUUGUGACAUAAAUGGGGAGCCAUGGAGGGUUCUCAGUAGAGGAGGGACAAGAUUUGUCUUAUAGUUUUGGGCUGCUAUGUUGAACAGCAAUGGUGGUGGCAAGGAUGGGACGAGGGAGUUCAGAUGGGGGUGGCUCUACCCAAGCUGGAGAUUGUAGAGAUGAAAAGGGGUGAUUGCAUUCUGAUGAGGAAUGAUUGUUUCACGAAGGCAGUGGUGGCAGGUCUGCAGAUGGAUGGAGUGUGGGGUUUGGGAGAAGGGGAGGACUCCACAUUUGGGUCUGAGUACCUGCAAGGAUGGAAGUGCUACCAACUGAGAUGCAGAAUCCCAGAAUGGAGCAAGUCUUUUUUUUUUUUUUUUUUU